GCAAAUAAAUACUCCAAGUCAGGGAGACUAGAGUAUAUCUCCCUGCUCCAAGUGUUCGCCACCAACACAAUUAUGUAUAAUACUUACUGCAUGUAGUCUAUAAAUUAUUCAAAAAAAAAUUAGAAUUCCAAGAUGUAAAAAUAAUUACGUAAACACUCAGUUCAAGACUAUUACAUUAAUAGUACAAAUUUCAUAAUAAAACAAUGCUAUGACAGUGGUUAGUUGACAACAACUAAGAAGCAACUUUAUAAUUAAAUUAUUAUUAUGGUUUUGUUUAUCCCUGCUGAAAUCUUUUUAAUCCUGUUAUGAAAUAUUUUAUAUCGAUUAGAUGAUUGUUAUUUUUAUAUAUAAAUUUUAUUACACAUAAAUUAUUUUUGUAAACUAAAAUGUAUACUAGAUAUUGAUAAUACUAAAGCUCAGUGAUUAUCAUAAGAAUACAAUCUUUUAUUAUCAUAAGAAUACAAAGCAGUAUAAUUUGUGAUACAGAAAAAAGUAACUCCGACAAUAUCAAAGUGAAAAUGAACAUAUAUUAAUUUGUGAUUAAUGACUCAUCACCUAACGAUGAAAUUGUACAAAAGUGUGUUAUAAUUGCUACAAAAACUAUAUUGAUAAAUAUUUAUAUGUAAAUUAUGUGCAAAGAUUUAAAAAAAAUUUUUUUCAAAUUGAAGCUUUAUAAAUAUUUAGCACUUUAUCAAAAUGAGUAAAGCGCAAACUCCAAGCAUGGAAGAAGAGUACGUAGAAGAAACAUUUGUUUUCAAAUUUCCAACAUGUACAACAAAUGAAGAAUAUACUUUACAGAUUCCGAUAAAAAUUCCUUUUCGAGGAUCUGUAAAAGAAUUGGUUCAUAGGAUAAUGUCAUCAUUUAAACUGCCAUGUUAUGUAGAAAUUGAGUUACUCAAUUCUUUGGAAACUAGUAUUAAAGAAUGGACUACAAAAUUUCAUGAUGAGAGAUCAGAAAAACUUAUAGAUGCUGCUAAGAAUGGAGACCUUGAUGUAGAAGAAAUAAUAAAAAACUGGGAAAAAGUAUAUAAACAAAAAACAGCAGAAUAUGCCGAGCCAAUGGGAACUACAGAUGAAGAAUUAUUUGCAGCAGCUUAUCAUAGACUGGUACAUUCCCCGUCCUUGGAACCAAUUUUACAGGCUGAACACAAAUUUGGAAAAGAUGUAACAGAAGUCAUUAAUAUGAGAGACAAAGACUACAAUCAACUUACUCAAAAACAAACAGAGGAAAUGCAGUUAGCGGUAGAAACUUUAGAAGCUGGUUCAACUGAAAAGUCAAUUAAUGACAUGGCUGGACGUCAUUUUGAAGAACAAAGCUUACUGCAAGGUCAUUGGGGAUCAAAAGUGGAUGCUUUAAAACUUGAACAAAGGCGUCAGUACAGAAAUUGGAUAAUGAGGUUACUAGAAGAGCAGCAGACAAACAUGUUGCCGACUCCAGUUGAAUCACCUAUGGUUCCUGUACCACCACUUGGUCCAGGAUUUGAAAAUUUUGUCAAAAAUGAUGACAAGAGUACAUCUGAUUAUCAACAAUUAGAAGAAAGUUUUACGAUUCAUUUAGGUUCUCAAAUGAAACAAAUGCACAAUAUUAGAAUAUUAACAGGGGAUGUUUUAGACUUCUGUAGAACGAAAAACUGUGAUUCCGAAAGUGCUGAUCCUACUCCACAGAGAUUACAGACUGCUUUAGGGCUAUAUUCAAAUGAUUUAUGUGGGCUUGUGCUAUUAAGUGAUAAUCACUUAGGAAGUUACUCUGGAGUCACAAAAGAACUUGUUUCAAUAUCACAAUUAACAGCAGAGUUUCAUUUUCCACCAAUUGAUGAGCAGAUUGAAAAAAUAAGAGAAGAUGUUAAAGAUGCAAUUGCUUGGAGACAGGCUCAUCACAAAGAAGAUAACGAUCUACAGCAAACGAAAAAAACAACUUUAAGUAAGACUUUGCAAACAGGUGAUGUAUUUAUUACAAGGCAUUCUAAUUUAGCGCAAGUCCAUGUUGUAUUUCACAUGGUGGUUAAUGAUUCAUUACGAUCGGGAGAUAUCAACUCGAGACAUCCGGCAAUCUUAGGAUUAAGGAAUAUUUUGAAAACGGCUUGUUGUAAUGAUGUGACAACAUUGACAAUACCUGUUCUUUUAGUGCACGAAAUGACAGAAGAUAUGACAGUAGCAUGGUGUACAAAAAGAGCAGAACUUGUAUUUAAGUGUGUAAAAGGCUUUAUGAUAGAAAUGGCUUCAUGGGGAGGCGCUGAAUUGAAAAAUUUACAAUUCCUUGUACCAAAGGGAAUGUCUGAAGAAGUCUUUGGUACACUUGCAACUAUGCUUCCAAGCAUAUUCAGAGUAUCAAAUCCGCUGGUUUUCAAAGCUACUAGCAUACCACAAACUCCUAAAAAGUGAUAUUGAAAAGAAAACUAAAUGAUGUGAAAUUUUGCAAUUAUUGAUGUAAAAAUAUAUUAUUUAUACAAUAGUAUACAUUUUAAAAAAUACAAAAAGAAUUACAAUUUUAAUUGUUUAUAAAAAUGA